AUGGGUACAGUCGAUGAAAAUCUACAGGGCCGAUGGAAGUACCUUUACAAGGUCCUAUCCAAACCGGGCCCUCUCUGCGACGAAGACUGGGUUCCAGGACCGGAGACCAUCAAGUCUCUUGAGUCGUCAAAGAUCUUGGUGAUCGGAGCUGGUGGAUUGGGGUGUGAAAUCUUGAAGAACCUUGCUCUUUCAGGUUUCAAGGACAUUCAUGUCAUUGACAUGGACACUAUUGACAUUUCAAACCUUAACCGGCAGUUUCUCUUUCGUCAAGCCGAUAUAGGCAAGCCUAAAGCAGAAGUUGCUGCUGCUUUUGUGGGAAAGAGAGUGAAAGGUGUUAAGAUCACACCCUUCGUCGGAAAGAUUCAGGACAAGGACGAGGACUACUACAUGCAAUUCAAGAUCAUUAUCUGUGGCCUCGAUAGUAUCGAAGCUCGUCGUUGGAUUAACUCGACCCUUAUAGGGAUGGUUGACCCAGAGGAUCCAGAGAGUCUAAAACCCCUUAUUGAUGGAGGAACUGAAGGAUUCAAGGGCCAAGCCCGUGUAAUUUUGCCCACGCUCUCAUCUUGUAUAGAGUGUCAACUCGAUAUGCAUGCUCCUCGACCGGCAGUGCCUCUCUGCACAAUUGCAACCAUCCCUCGUCAGCCCCAGCACUGUAUUGAGUGGGCCCACCAGAUCGCAUGGCAGGAAAAGCGCAAGGAUGAUUCGUUUGACAGUGACGACAUGGACCAUAUCUCAUGGGUAUACCAUGAAGCAUUAGAGCGGGCACAACAGUUCCACAUCCACGGCGUGACUUUCCAGAUGACCCAGGGUGUGGUCAAAAAUAUCAUUCCCGCGAUUGCUUCCACAAAUGCUGUGAUCGCUGCUUCCACAACCUCCGAGGUGCUGAAGAUUGCCACCGGAUGUAAUCCUUACCUCGAGAACUACAUGAUGUAUGCAGGCGAAGAAGGCGUUUACACCUACACUUUCGAAGCGGAGAAGAAACCUGACUGUCCGGUGUGCGGUAACCUCGCUCGAAAGCUGGACGUCGACCCAAACAUGACACUUGGUGAUUUCAUUGAAAGCCUCGGAGAAAGAGCUGAGGCGCAAUUGAAAAAACCCAGCAUGCGAACAGAAGAGAAGACCCUCUACCAGCGCUUUCCUCCCCAAUUGGAGGAACAUACAAGACCCAAUCUGCGACUUAAGCUGCGUGAGCUUGUGGAUGACGGGGAAGAGAUCGCGGUCAGCGAUCCAGCAUACACCAUCGAUUUCCGUUACAGGCUGAACUUCAAAUGA